AUGAAAAAAUUUUUAUCCUCUCACUCUGUCUUCAACAAGAUUGUUUCUUCAUCAUGUUGUUUCCAUCAUAACACCACUCCUUCUUUAUCGGCUUACGCUGCCAUCAACAACUUUUUAAAUUCUACUACAACUUCCAAUAAAUCCUUCCAUACAAAUACCGUCUUCUCAAAUGCUCAAGUAUCACUCAACGCCCUUUCAUCAUCAAAUAUUGAGGAAAUUAUGAAGAAUUUACCAGAUCCAUCAACAUUGAAUAUCAAGCCAAGAAAUAAGAAGGAACCUGUUGUGAGAAAUAAAACCAGACAAACAUGGAGAGAUAGACCAAAAGUCACUCCUAAAUUCUUGGACACUCUCCCUACCGUUACUUUCAGACAAAUUAACAUUAAACAAGGUCCAAAGAAGGUUAAUGAAGUCACUGAAUUGUUGCGUGGAAUUAGUGCCAAGGAAGCACUCAUACAAUUACAAAGUUGCGACAAGAAGAUUGCUCCAAUUAUUUAUCGUUUCAUUCGUAGUUGUAUGUUAAAUGCCGAAAACAUUCACGGAAUGAAUGCUGACCGUCUUUUGAUUAGAGAAUGUAUUGUCAAUAAGCAAAAGUAUGGUAAAGCUUUGAGAUUCCACGCCAAGGGUCGUUUCGGUCUUGAAUUGAAUAGAAAAACAAGUGUUCUUGUAAAGAUGGUUGAAGUUCCAGAAAUUGAAGGUGAACACAGAUUGGGUAGAUAUGGUUGGACCAACAAGACUUGGAGAGAAUAUGAAGAAGACAUGCUCAGAGAAAAGACAACUGAAACUGUUGAAGCUGAAGAAGUCUUCGAACCACAACAAGAAAUGUCAGAAACCGAAGAAGUGAUAGCGGAACCAGUUGAAGAAGUUAAAGCUGAAACACCUAAGCAACAAUAA